AGGCUAUAAAACUGGGGGUAUAUGCAAUAAGCAAAGUCGUGUAUCAAACUCUUUCAUUUGUUUUAUCAUCUCUCCUCUUACAUAACAAAUCCAAAAAAAAAAGAAAAAACCAAAACACAAAAAAAAAAAAGAUAAGAAAAAUGGGAUUUUGUUCGUGUAUAUCCUCAGGAGGAUCAACUGAUCGUAAUCAGAUUUAUGAGAUAACUGAUUAUGGACAAGAGAAUGCAGUUUUAUACUCUGACCACCAUGAUGUUCCUCAAGACUUUGGCUCUGUCUCUUCUUUAGCUGGAGGAAAGGGCUUGAACCAAGAUGCUGCCAUUCUCCACCUGGGAUAUGGAACAGAAGAAGGAGCGUUAUGUGGAGUGUUUGAUGGGCAUGGAGAGAAAGGUGAAUUCGUAAGCAAGAACGUAAGGAACCAGUUGCCAUCUAUACUCUUAGGUCAUAUGAAUAAUCAUUCAGUGACUAGAGACUGGAAACUCAUUUGCGAAACUACGUGUUUGGAGAUGGACAAAAGAAUUCUUAAAGUUAAAAAGAUUCAUGAUUGCUCUUCUUCUGGAACUACUGCUGUUCUCGCCGUUAAACAUGGAAAUCAAGUGAUGGUGGCAAAUCUUGGAGACUCAAGGGCUGUGAUGAUUGGAACAAGUGAGAAUGAAGAAACCAAGGUGGUUCAGUUGACCAAUGACUUGAAGCCAAGUGUGCCAAGCGAAGCGGAUAGGAUAAGGAAACGAAACGGAAGGGUGUUGGCUUUGGAGUCGGAACCUCACAUUCUAAGAGUUUGGCUUCCAACUGAAAACCGGCCAGGCUUAGCCAUGUCGCGGGCUUUUGGUGAUUUCCUCCUUAAAAGCUACGGUGUCAUUGCGACUCCACAAGUCUCUACGCAUCAAAUCACACCCCGCGACCAAUUUCUACUCCUUGCUUCAGACGGGGUGUGGGAUGUACUUAGUAACGAAGAGGUAGCUACGGUGGUGAUGAAGUCGGGAAAUGAGGCAGGAGCGGCCAACGCGGUGGCAGAGGCGGCUACUAAUGCGUGGAUCCAGAAAUAUCCAACGGCUAAGAUUGAUGAUAUCUCAGUCGUUUGCCUCUCUAUCAACAAAAAGCAUUGUCCUCAGCCACAACUAUGAAUUAAUAAAACCCAACUUGGUGAAAGAGAAAGCAAAGAAUAAUUAAUGACACGACAGCUCACUCAAUACUUUUAUGUUUCGUAAGAGUGAUCGUGACUGUGUGUAUAUAUAUAAAUCUAUGUAUACCGUUGUAAGUAAAGUCGUGUGAUUAUUAGGAAAAAAAAAAGAAAGAAGAAAAAAAAAGAUAUUAAUUAGGAAUGGUGUGUCGUCGUCGUGUCGUGGGAUAAAAGCAACAGAGACUGGAGACAUUUUGGACACACGUCGCGGGAAUCUAAUGUGUAGUUUUAUUGGACUGGCUCAGUUCAAGUUGAUUCUGUCCUGUAAUAGCAGCUCUAUGCAUUUGAUAACAACAUAUACCAAAAUGAUAUUGAUUUUGUCCAA